CGCGGCCAAACAAGUGGCGUCCUCACAAGCGAAAAAACAGAAUAAUAAACUAACUGACCUGCUCCCUUGGCUUCAGUGGCUGAAACUACAGCGUAGAUGGAGGGAAUAAUGCCUCGCUUGUCCACGUAUAGCUAUACAAGGGGGCGGAGCUAAUUUAAUUUGACAUCUGCCUAAUGGCUUGCGGCGCGGGGAACUGCCAGGAAGAGACUAUUUAUCAAUCCCCCAAGCGAUGCGAAAGAGAGUCAUCUUCUCGGUGUCGGAUGCUUGCGCUUUACUUUUCUCAUUACUUAUUUUGGACGUCGCAUUUGCUUCUAUCUACCAUCCACAUGAAGUAGCAGAGUGCUGCUCGCAGUCAAACAUGAGUUCAUUCACAAAAUGCCGAUCUGCUCUUUACACCCCUGUCGUUGACGAACUUCCAGUGUACGUGGAGAGGGAGGAUGGCCUUCCGACAUACGCAGGAGAUGAAGAUGACCAGGAACAGCGUGAACGAGAAGAUGACCAGGAUAGGGUCCAGUCACUCCUGAACAAACUUUUGCGAUCCAGUGAUGAAUCUCAACUUGAUCCCCACAUUGUCAAAGACCUGUUACGGGAUGAGCAUCAAAGAUUAUCGGAUAUCAUAUCAUCGCGCACUCAGUUUGGGACUUACCUGCAUGAGCUUGCAGCGGACGAGUUGUCAUUCCUCGCGCUCGCCGUCAACUGUCUUCUUUUUGCAUCCAUCUCUACGGGGAAGAGCGAAACUAUUUCAUGGCUUAUAUCACAGAAGCUGACUACGCCCAAUAUCCUCGACAGGGAUGGUAUGUCUCCGUUGCUAGCUGCUGUAAAGGCGGGAAGAACACGAACCAUUCAAGAACUAGUUGAUCUCGGCGCAGAGCCUGAUGCCUAUGCGAUUUCGGGGUUUCGCUCAUUGAACGCCGGGCGCGCUGCCAUCAGGAGAACCCCGCUACAACUGGCUGCUGAGCUUGGAAAUCUUCCACUUGUCAAAAUGUUCAUCGAGACCUAUCAAUGCGAUGACUCCAAGAUCGCACCAGACGGACAGCUUCCGCUUCGCUUGGCAUCAAGAAACGGCCACAGGCAUGUUGUCGAUUAUCUCCCUGUACGUCGAGGGGGCGGAUGGAAGCGAUGGAAGACCGCGCAUGAGGUGUCUAUGAUGAGAGCAAUGCGUGCCCUUGAGGCCAUUUUCAAAUUUAACGCCUUUAUCUUUUACGAAAUUCCAAAAUUCUUCCUUUGGACCGUCCCCAAGCAAGGACUCGUCGAGCCCCUGAUGAAGGCCUGCAAAUGGUGUUGGGUAAACAGAGCGGGAUUCUUGCCCUGGUUGAAAUAUCAAGCUCAACAAACACCAGCCAGGAUGAAAAAAUUUGCAAAAUCGGUAUGGAAAGUAGCUAAACGAGUACCCAAAGCCGUCACAGAUGUGCUGAAAAGUACAUGGAAAUUUUGCACAAAUACCCUGCCAAAACACACCUGGAAAGUCCUCACGAAAGAGAUACCGAAAAUUGCCAUCAGUGUGUCGAAGUGGAUGUGGUUCAUACUGACAUCCGUUGCGACCACGAUAGCGAGCCUUUUUCAAAGAGUCGCUUCACUCAUUCAUACCAUACUCAGCGCUGUGGCCUCCUUCUUCCGCGGCCUUACUCUCACGGACAUCUGGAAUGGAUUCUGCGACGUGCUACGAGUAAUAUUUGUCUCAUUCCCACUUAAGGUGUAUGAUAUAAUGCUCGACUUCGGAGAGUUAACUUACAAAGCAAUGGGAGCGCUUUUUGGGUUUACCGGUAAAAUACUGUGGCAUACUGGCUUUGCACUGAUUUACCUAGUUACUUAUAUCCCGAAACAUAUAUGGACCGUUAUAAGGAGCAUAGGGGAUUCGAUAGCUAAAGGCUUCAAUGAACUCCGGGUCUGGGUGAAUCCUAAGGGAUGAAUGCCAAGUUUGAAAACGAGGAGUUAUGGAGCAAGUCAUACCUUAUUUAUUUCUUCACCAAUUCUAUUAUGGGUUCGUUUGUUUGAUAGCUCAUUCUGUAAUUAUUGACUGACUUUCUCCUCCGAGAAUCAAACUCGUGUAAUUGGCUCACAAUUUUGCACUGCUAAUGCAUCAACACACCAUGGAGUAUUUCGAGUAUGCCCUGUUAUAUUUUGCUUGGGAACCGACAUGUAUUCAACCGAACUGUAGCACGGGUAUCAAUAUCCUCGUUCAUGUCGCUACUUCACUAGCUGGUGUCCAUCUUGUCCCCAAACCUGUCUUCAAGGGAGCCUUUCGCAUGCCGCGACUCCGCAGCUCUUGAGCCGGGCCUUGUACUGUCGCCGAUUGUCUCCGCCAGUCCCGAUUCAGAUCCGGUAACUUCCCCUUCAUCUAUCAUAUUUUCAUCCUCCGGCUCCUGCGUUGCCGGCUGCCCAUCGGUCGACGACGCACUUAUCGCUUGUCGCAGUGGAGUCACACCACGGGUAGCCAGCGGGCGUUGUUUAUCUGUUUGGGAUGGUGCCGAGGUAGGCCCCGAGUCUUCAUGCCCAGCAUGCGAAGGGGUUACACUAUCUUGAUCUGGCUUCGGAGUCCCAACCGCACUUCCUCUCCCUUUCGAGCCGACAUCUCCCUCAUCACCCUCCUCUUCUUCCUCCAUCCCUUCUCUCCUCUCAACUUCCUCUUUCUCAUCCCUGAUUAACCGCCGAAGGUUCAUCCCUUCCUCCACAAUUCUACCAAAUUGCUCUCUGCGUUCACUCCAUGUCUGCGCAUAUUCCCUGCUUUCCUGCUCCAACUGGGAGAUUUCCGCAUGUAGCUUUUGGAGGUUGGCCUGUUGAUCCUCCCUGGGCCGUAGCAAUCGAUUCGAAGUAAUCUUGUCCGCCAGAUCAUCAUAUGUCUUGCGCAGCGCAAGAGUCUUCUGUGCUUCUUCCAGUUGUAUCCUCAACUCAGCCGUAUUAUCCUUCACAGCUUGCGCUGUUGACUGAAUUCUCAACUUUUCGGCCGCAUAACGUUUCCGCUCUUUCUCAUUGCUUGCAAGAAGAAAUUGGAUUCUGGCAAUACUACUUUCAAAAGCAGCAAAGUCGAGUGUUAUAUCUUCGCGAAACUGGCACCAUUCCUCCAGUUGCUUCUGCUUGACAGCGUCGGCCUGAGCUGCCGACGCUUCUUCAUCGGUUCCUUCGGGCGGUGGGGUGGGAAAUAACGUAGAUGGCGUGGCUACCAAGGAGUUAGGAGUAAGAAGGCGUUUUGUGAUUCGUUUAAAUGGUUUUUCUUCCACGUUUAGAAGCCGUGUCUUAUGAAGCGCAUCUAGAUAUUAAAUUUAACGCAGUUAGAAAGAUGAUGUGAACACGAAAAAGGGGCAGAAAUAGCUCCACCGAAUACAGACCUUCAGAAGUUUGAUCGAGCAAAGUAUAGGAUUCCAUGGUAAUCCUCGACGGCAAAUUUAAAUUUCAUAAAUAGGAUGAGGAUGAGGAUAGCUGGGCGAGUGCUGAGGCAUUCGUCAAUAAAAG